AUGUGCCAUGGAGCUUUCCUUGCAGCAGUUGCGGCCAUCAAGCAGCAUUCCUCGAGGUCCACCAUGGCCAAGGCCGCUGCAAAGAUUCAGCUGCACGGGCUGCGGUCGCUCGCCUCGGUACACGGCUCCAAAGUGCCGGACAGCACUGCGGAGCCGCAGAAGAACACGGCCGAGAACGGCUCAGAGAGUUCAACAAAGAGGUUCAACUUUGCAGCUGUUUCCUGGUCCCCGGGCACAGCGCAAGCCGUGCCAGGUACGGGCACAUUGGAUAGCGAGCCGACAGGCGAGAAAGUCGUAGAGGAUCCCAGCUCAGCGAGAACAAAGAGAGAUCGAGUCUCGGAACAGGAGAUCUCCUACUCGAUCGUCAUCGCAGGAUUUGCCAGGCGAGGGCGACCAAACGUUGCGGCAAUGUUUUUGGAGGCCAUGGUCGAGCAUGGUAUCUCGCCAAAUGUCUUCGUCUUCAAUGCUGUCAUCGCCGCGUUCGCCGGACAUGCGGAUGUGGCUGAAGCAGCGAGUUGGCUUCGAAGAAUGAAAGAACACGGGGUUCAGCCCAAUGUCAUGACCAUCACUUCCCUCAUCGAUGCUUGCGCCAAGGCCGGCGAAGCCGCUGAGGCAGUGAGGUGGUUCCGAGUCAUAGAUGAGAUGGGUUUGCGGCCCAAUGCCGUAUCCUACAACGCCGUCAUCAAUGCCUUCGCAAGGCGAGGUGACUGCUUUGGUGCCAUGGACUGGCUUGAGCGCAUGCAGCACGACGUGGAGCCCGACCAGGCUGACACAUGCUACAGCCGAAUGACGGCAUGA